AUGACCUCUGUUCCAGACCCGGAAAUGCCUCUACGUACCUGGACCAAAGACGACAAAUACCUCAUCUCGACAGACGUCUCGCUCAUCCCCCUCCAGGCACUCAACGACCAGAUCUUUGGAGCCAGUGACUUCACAUGGGGUGGCCCGUUACCAGAGGAGCAACUCCGGACGUUGGUCCACAGAUCGUUAUGCUUCGGACUGUAUGAACUGGAAAGACCACAAGCCAUCACCUCCGAAUGCGGGUGUCAAUCAUCAUGCGACCACCAUCACCCGCACGCGCAGCAGCGCACGCAACCGCAACAGCAACGACGACUGAUAGGCUUCGCCCGCUUCAUCACAGACCUCGUCACAGUCAACUACCUGACGGACGUCUACAUCUUGCGUGACCAUCGGUCCCAACGCCUGGGCCUCUGGCUGAUGGAGUGCAUCGACAAGGUCUUCGCCUCGAUGACCCAUCUCCGGGGCAUGAUCCUCAUCGCCGACAGGGGAAGCCCCACCGAGGGAUUCUACCGGAAGUAUCUCGCCAUGGGAGAUCUGGCGGGCGAGGCAUUCUGUAUGGACCGCAAGGGACAGGGUGCGGCGUAG